AUGUCGUUUGCAUCUCAACCUCAGACCAACAUCACUGCUGGACUGCAGUAUCAGGGGUUACUGGAAAUUCUGGUGUUUUCCAUGAUGUCUACAGUGCCAUGCUGUGUGUUUCUCUUCAUUAACAUCACCAUGUUGUUCACCUUGAGGAGUAAAGCAGUGUUUCGUGAGACCUCCCGUUUCAUUCUUCUCUUUAACCUCCUUUUUGCAGACACUGUUCAGAUGGCACUGAGCCAGACACUGUACCUAAUGGCUGCUUUCAGAAUAAGGUUGAUCUAUCCUGUAUGUGGUGUUCUUGCCAUGCUUGCUGAUCUAACAAACGAUAUCUCCCCUCUCACGCUGGUGGUGAUGUCUCUGGAGAGGUAUGUGGCUGUGUGCUUCCCACUGAGGCACACUACCAUCAUCACCAUGAGAAACACAGCGGUGGCUAUCUUUGUGGUUUGGGCUUUCAGUUCACUUAAUAUCCUCACACGAGUUAUUCUACUGCUGGAUUUUCCAUUUGAAGACCUGGAGAGCCUGCAGAUGAAAGACUUUUGCAAUAACGUAGCUUUGUUUCUUGGACCAAUGUCUGAACAUUAUGAUAAUGCCUUCACUUAUUUUCUGUUUGGAUCAGCUAGUGUUGUAAUCACUUCCACCUAUAUUGCUGUGAUGAUAGCAGCCAGGUCGGCCUCCACAGACAAAGCUUCAGCCCAAAAGGCUCGUAACACGCUGCUGCUGCAUCUGGUGCAGCUGGGCCUCAGUCUCUCCUCAACUGUUUACAACCCCAUCCUCAUAGCUCUUUCAAAAUUUGUAACAAGGAUAGUGUUGGUGCGCAUCCAGAAUGUUUUUUAUGUGUGCAUUUUCAUCUUUCCCAAAUGUCUGAGUUCUCUCAUUUAUGGCAUAAGAGAUCAGACCAUCAGACCUGUCCUCAUCAACCAUCUAUGUUGUGGACUGAAACUCUCAGUUGUCCCAGCCAAGGUCCAGGUCUCAACCUAG